AUGGGGCGCCCCGAAGUGGAAAUUCGCACAAUAGGAAGAUGGAACUCCCAAGCCCAAGCAUCGAUCGCAUUAUGUCUGUCUGAGAUUUCAGCAGUUGGCUGGGGAAAUUGUGUACCAGAUUGUGGACCUGGUGGUACUUGUGUAUCUUCGCCUAACACCUGUUCGUGCCAUGUUGGCUUCGAAGGACCACAGUGUAAUGACAUCAAUGAAUGUACUAACAACAAUGGUGGGUGUCAUCAGCUUUGCAUAAACACUGAAGGAAGCUACGAUUGCGAUUGUUUUAUGGGUUAUGAUGAGGUUGAUGGGCAUUGCAAAGCACUAUGUGUACCAGAUUGUGGUGUUGGUGGUACUUGUAUAUCUUCUAAUAACUGUUCAUGCCUCUCUGGCUUCGAGGGGCAACAGUGUGAAGAUGUUAACGAGUGUUUAGAUGGCACUUCUGGAUGUACCCAACUUUGUACCAACACUGACGGUAGUUUCACCUGUGAUUGCUACAAAGGUUGGACACUAAAUCCUGAUGGAAGAAGCUGCACUGCCAAUCCAUGUGUUGACAUUGGAAUACCUAUUGACGGUACACGCAACUGCACUGGUUUCACAACUGGAGAGUCAUGCGUCUUCGAGUGUGAACGGAACUAUCAACUUUUGGGAUCUAAUAGGCGGGAGUGCUUAUCUGACGGUGUUUGGGGAGGUCAAUUAACACAUUGUGAAGAUAUUGAUGAAUGUUUAACAAACAAUGGAGGCUGUGAACAUAUCUGUGACAACUUUCCUGGAUCGUUCAGCUGCUCGUGUUAUGAUGGGUUUGAUGGGACAAUUAAUUGCACCGAUAUUGACGAAUGCACCUUCGCCAAUUGUCACAAUUGUACCAAUUUACCUGGUAGCUUUGAGUGUAUAUGCAAAGAGGGGUAUGAAGCGUUCGAUAUGUAUAACUGUGAAGAUGUUAACGAGUGUUUAGAUGGUACUUCUGGAUGUACCCAACUUUGUACCAACACUGUUGGCAGUUUCACCUGUGAUUGUUACGACGGCUGGACACUAAAUGAUGGAAAAAGCUGCACUGCCAAUCCAUGUAUCAACAUUGGAGUUCUUUUUAACGGUACACGCAACUGCACUGGUUUCACAACUGGAGAGUCAUGCAUUUUCGAAUGUGAAUGGAACUAUCGACUUUUGGGAUCUAAUAGGCGAGAGUGCUUACCUAACGGCGUUUGGGGAGGUGAAUUAACACAAUGUCAAGAGAUUCUGUGUCCUGAGCUGUCACCACUACCCAAUGGUUACAUCUUUUUUCCGUGUGAAAACAAAGUCGGCAGUCGCUGUGUGUUUGGUUGUGAUUUGGGGUACUUCUUAGAAGGAGAUAGUAUUACACAGUGUCAACUGUCUGGACUCUGGAACAACUCUGGCCCAGUAUGUAAAGAAAUCCAGGUGUGCUCACCAUCACCUUGUGUAAACGGUGCCUGUCGCUCAUCCCAAAAUGAGGCAAACGGGUAUUUCUGCGACUGCACAGGAACUGGCUAUACGGGAACAAAUUGUGGAGACGGUUUUGUAACAACACCUAAGUGGCCUGAGAUAUGGGUAGGCAAUGUCUACAAUGAUUUGGAAUUUAUUGCUAAACCAAAGCAAACACUCAUAUUAACAAUCAUGGCAAAUCCAAGUAAAGUUGUCAUUUACCCAACUGAACUAUAUUUUACUUCAGAAUCAAAUAUCCAAACUGUUUCUAUUCAAGGAGUUGGUAAGGGGUUUACAAAGAUUACAUAUGUUUUGAGAGAUAAAGAAGCAGCAAAAUUCAAAUCUCCAGACGAUGAUGAACUAUUUGUGUUUCAAAAUAAUACACAUAACAAUGGGUAUGUCCACGGAACACAAUUUACACCGCGUUAUCAACUGCCAUCUGGGUGUUUUGAGCUGUCAGAUGAGUCUAUAUGUUCAAGCCGAGAUGCACGAUUAAGAUCAACAGAAAAAUGGACGACAGAGAAGGCUGCUGCUCUAAGUACUGGCGUUGUUUCUUUAGUAACAGACUCAUUUGAACUACCACUUAAUCUUAACGGAUAUUCGACUACAAGCGAUGGGAAAAAAACAGCUACUUCCCUUGCCAACUGUCAAAGUGAAAGCAUAACAUUGGAUGGUAUCCAAUACUUUGUUCAACAGAAAUCAUUAUAUCGCAAAUAUACACAGCAACUGGAACACAUUCUGCCAGAUUGGAUCACUUUUAUAUCAGUUAACAUAGAUCCAAUAAACUCAAAAACAUCAUUUUCAACAUUAAUACUUAAUGGAAAUGAGGUGAAAUCAACCGAAUGGUGCUCCUCUGCACCCGUCAUCAGUGACGGUCAGUAUUCCGUAUAUUUACUCUACAAGGCUGAAUUAACUGUUGGGGGCAGACAUGUAACAUUACCACUCCCGCCAUACAAUGGAAAAUACUGCUUUAUUGUGGGUGUGUGCAACAUCACUUUGGGAACGGUUAUGAUGAUUUUUCCCGAAGGUUCGAGAGAUGUUAUGAGACACGUCAAGGAUGUAAAUGUUGAUGAUUCCCUCAAAGUUGAAGUCAAUGGUGUUGCAUUUUCUACAACUGACAAGCUAAUUCCAAAUGGUCAAUAUGGUCAACUAGACGAUGAGAAAAUCAGUAUCUUUGUCAGUCUUCAGUAUGCCUAUAAUAUAAACCAAACAGUGUCUGCAAAACUUGAAGGUAGUGGGGAUCUUCAAGUGACACUAGAAGAUACAACACAACUAUUUAGUCACCUGUUCACACAACAUUGGAUGAUACAGCAAUACGGUGAAUCCAAAAUUAGAUUGCCCUGGAAAAUACUUGGUGAGGACGUAUCAUUGAAAUUCAAGUCAAGCCAAGUGAAUAACCCAGUACUGAAUGCUAGCUUUGGCAAUCGUCCUACUAGUCGCAAUUCAUCUGCAAGUGCAAUAGUAAUGGAAUCAUCGACUUCACACGGUGUUUUUGAUGAUACGCCAUUUUCAUGGCUGCUUCCUCAGAAAGUAGGGUCACCGGUUGAGGUUUUCCUAUAUUAUGAUUUGUCGCCGAAUCUUUCCAUCCCAUCUGACCUUGAGGGUGUAACAGAGAUUAUCAACAAGCUGCAAGACAUACCGACACAAUUAGCUACAUUAGCUGAAAAUCUAUUGACAUCUGGAUAUAAGAAUAUGUAUUCUACUAUUCUAUCUUCAACCGGUCACCUGAAUGAUACAAUCAACAGUUAUUUCCAGGUAUUGUCUGGAGAGGAAAUAAAGUCAAUUGUUAACUCUCUGUCUGAGUUGCGUAUACAAUGUAAAGGAAGUCUGAAUUCGCUUCGUUACGUAAAUUAUACGCUUUAUAGCAACUCAAAUAUCCAAUAUAAUGAUUUUAAAGGAGAUCUCUAUAACAUAACACAUCAACUAGAGAAACUCGGCAAUCAAGUUCUCAUUGAAUUGCAGAAUGUUUUUGUUCAAGAAACAACAACAGGAUCUGGCUUUCGUAUGAUGUCCGAAGUCUGCUUGUCGUCGUACCUUUGUUUUCCAUCGUUAGAAGUGGAAGUAUUGAACUCCAUGUCAAAUUCAAGUUGUCAAGAGAGUACUGAGCUACAAAUUGAUUUCGGUAUAUCAACAAUUUGUAUAAGAGGCAAAUACGCAGCUAAAGAAAUGCUGAAUCGGUUUAUUACUAUCCCUACCAAUGCUAAAUUUAGUUUAGCAUUGCAAUCCAAUGAAAAUCAUUGGUCAGGAUGUAUACCGGUACUCACAAAUGUCUUUGGGAUUGAGCAAAUGACGAUGUUGCACCUGACGAUGUCAGGAACAUAUUUUUACUUGACAGGAAAGCUGUGGGGAUUAUUUGAUAUGGAAGGAUUUGUUACUUCAGAGUUGGAUUCUUUUGAAUCGAUGGUACUACAUGUGAAUGGUAACUUUUCUGUUGAAGGUCCAUUCUCUUUAGGCAGAAUUAUCAAAAACAAAAUUAUCACACUAUCACAGAAAUCAGUAGAUGACAGCGAACGAAGACUGGAACAAUGGGUUAGAUCAGUCGCAAUCGCAGAAUCACGGUUAAAUGUCGUUUUGGAAGAAGAACGUUUGAGGAAGGCAAAAGUGGACGAAGCGAGAAAAAAUCAUGAAAUGGCAGAGAACGAUCUUUUGGUAGCAAAUAACAAUCUUAAGCGCGCACGCGACUCAUUGGAUGACCAACGCAAUUACACGCAGGAGAUGGAGGACUAUUUGAAUUCCGUGUGUGAAGUACGUGAAUGCAGGCAAGUAUGUCUACCUGGAAGUACAAUUGUUACUGUCAAUGAAGAUAUUUAUGCAUAUGUGCCGUAUGAAUGUUUUGAUGAGAGAACGGAAUCAGCGGUUGUGGUAGAAACAACUACAUGUUGUAAAAUUUGUCGUGGUACAAGACCUGUAAGAAGAUCUUGGUUUAAUUUAAACCCAUUUAAGUUAGUAGUUUCUGGGUUUUCACCAUUUUCUGAUAACUGGCUCACUGCAGGCAUCACACCUGUGAGUAGUGUCAGAUUAAACAUUGGCCAGCGAAGGUGUUAUUCAAGAUACAGUUGUUGUAAUGUUUGCAAGAAACCUGUUGAAAUUAGCAUUACGUACACAUCAUGCAGUACAUGCAUUAAGUAUCAGACUGUAGGCCAAGUAGAAAAGAUUGAAAUGGAAGAAGUUGCUUGUAGUAUUCAGAUACCCAAUGCCAACUGUGUGCGUAGAAAUGACGAAUGCCGAAAAACACGAAAGCGUUUAUUUGACCAUCUAAAACUAACAACUCCUGAUCUUUCAACACUUGUUGAAGAGUUGGACAAUGCUGUCCUACGCGCAUUACUUGCCAAAGCAGCAUUGAAUAGGGCAGUAAUCGAACUACAAGACGCAGUUAGACAACACGACAAAGUGUUGAUUAGAGUUCGGUCAUCGCAGGCACAUCUUCACAUUAUGCAAAAUGCAAUCAACGAAAUAAGAGAGAAUGUUAAAGCAGGCUUGGCCAUAAAGGAACUUCAAAUCAAUGGAUCAAUUGAAGCAAGUUUGGAGUUCAAGAGACUUCAAUUUGAAAUUGACAUAGUUGGAGAGGAAACUACGGUAAUUCCAGUCGUAUGUCACCUCAAGCUGGCGGCCAUUCCUGUACAGAUUAAAAUUUACAUUGAUUUCAAAAAUUUAGAAUACUCACUUGAAAAUGCUGCACUGUUUAUGACAGAAAAACUGUUUGGUGAUAUUACACGUUCUGUAAGAAGAGGAAGAAAAAUGAGCCAGAGACGAAUUGGGCUUGUCUACGAUCGUAACAGACGUGACAAUGUUACUGUUAUUGAACAACCACAGAUGGACAGCGUAAGCUAUAAUUUAGUAAACAGCACUUUGGACUACAACAUAAGUAAAACAAUUUUGCGAGAUCAUAAUGUUGUUCAGAAUGAGGCAAGAUGCAAAGACUUCAACAAUAUUCUAGGUUUCGUCAAGAACUCUUUUAAUAUACUACUGGAGGUUGCAAACAUUAGCAAAGUAAUUAAUGUCCCAGCUUUAGAAAAUGUAGACAACUUUCACAGUGAAUACAUUUAUAAUUUAUCAGUAUCAUCAUCCAAAGCUAUUAAUGGCAGUGCUGCUUUUCAUUAUUUCAACUUAACUAUGGACGAUAUACAAUAUCUAAACAGUAGUUUAGAUGAUGGUCUUAUCCAUUAUAAUUUACCAAAUCCAACAUCGGAAGUUGUAAAUACCAGCACUGCCUUGCAAUUUUUCAAUUUGACUAUGGACGAUAUACAAUAUCUAAACAGUAGUUUAGAUAAUGGUCUUAUACAUUAUAAUUUAUCAAAAACAACAUCGGAAGCUGUAAAUACCAGCACUGCCUUGCAGUAUUUCAACUUGACUAUGGAUGAUAUUCAAUAUCUAAAGAACAGUUUAUCUGCCAGUCUUCAGCAAAUUGCUUUGACACAAGUUAUUUACUCAGCGAAAAUAACAACAAACAACACAAAGUCAUUGCUGAAGGUUGAUGAUGUCUUGUCACGAUGGGAAGUCGUAAUGGAAACAUACACACGUAAUUUCAGUGGACUAGCUGAUUGUGAGGGAUUUCAUGAUUGUUUGGCAACUGAAUUGAUCGGAUUGAAAUAUUUGUCUGAAGAUCGUCAAAUUUACCAGAAGGUUAUAAUUCUUGAUGAAUACAUAUCAACACUUUUAUUUAAAACUAGGUUAAAUGUCAAUGAAGCUUUAACAGGAGCAAGAAAUGUACUAAGUCAGGUUAAUUUUCUUCAAAAUGAUAAUGACAUAUGUUUAAGAAAGCCAACCAUUACUAAACAUCCAGAAGCUAAAAUUGUGACGGUCGAAGGAACUGAAGUCACUAUAACGUGUCAGGCAUCCGGAAACCCAUCACCAACAUUUAGUUGGAAGUUUAAUGGUGAAACACUGGGUGGUAGGUAUACAAAUUUGCUUCUACUGAGGCAUGUGAACACCUCUGAUUCGGGUACAUACACUUGUCAUGCCAACAACGAAGUGACGUCAGUUCAAUCUGAGCAAUGUGAGCUUACUGUAGAGUUUGCGCCAUCGAUUAUCGAACAUCCACAAGAUGCUGACAUCGAACAAGGAAAUCCUGAAGGCAUAUUCUUCACUUGCGAAGCUUCUGCUCUUCCAUUACCAAACUAUCAGUGGUAUUUCCAGUCUUCGUUAACAUCAACCAUGAAAGCCGUCUCAGGUGAGAAUGCUUCUGGUAUUGAGAUACUAAGUCCAACAUUUAGCCAAGAAGGAUGGUAUACAUGUGAGGCAUGGAACGCACACGGAAGGCAGAUGUCAAAUCGUGCAAGACUAAAUGUUCUUGGUGUAUCUGUACCGGAGUUCUCCAGUGAUAUUUCGAUUACGCUUUAUCAAUUAGAUGAUUCGAACUCGACUCAUACAAAUGAGUCUUUGAGAAAUAUUAUUUCAGAGGUUAUGUAUAAAGAAUUAGAACUCGAACAUAUUAACUACAAAGAAUUUAGACCUGCCGAGAAAACGUUUUUGACCGAUAUAUCAUUCGACGUUAAAAGUGUGAACCUCAGAUCGAUUGAUAUUGCCAAUGCAAGUCGGAAAGAAUUGGCGUCUCACGUUCAAGACAAAAUUGAAAGAGUUAGAGUCACAGUGAUCGAACUUAAUUAUUUGUUAGCACCGGGAAAAAUAUUUGAACACCGAGGUGAAUUAUUCGAAGUGACAGGGUUCAACGCCGGUAUCAUUGGUCCAAUAUGUCCUAACACUCAAUACGCACAUCAAGAUGGAUACAUAUGUGCCCGCUAUAAUGUACCGCACAGUGAUACUACAAUGAUGCUACCGGUUCUCGAUUGA